CCCAGAUUACACAGAACGACAAUCAUAAUGGUGACAGUUUAUCUUGUUGUCAUUUUAAUAUUAUACACAAACUUUGUUUAUGCCGAUGAUGGUUGGUUCUGGCACGUGACAGAUUUUCAUUAUGACCCUACAUACCUCGAUGUCGCCUUGUCAUGUAAUAGGAAUGCAUCAGCACGAGGCGAGUUCGGAAGCAGCUGGUGUGAUUCUCCAUGGAAGCUGGUAACUAGUAGUAUUGAGGCAAUGCGAGAUAAAGAACCAAAUGUUGACUUUAUCCUAUGGACAGGUGAUAGUUCACCACAUAUAAAAGACAAUGUAGGUAGUCAUGACAUGUACAGAGAUAUCGUUCGUAACAUCACACGAGAGUUGAAAUCGAAGUUCAAUUCUACUCCUAUAUAUCCUGUCUUUGGGAAUCACGACUACUACCCCGCCCAUCAGUUCCCGCCAAAUAAUAAUUUGAUGUACGAUGAGAUCUAUGAAGGAUGGAAAGACUGGAUAAACGACGAUGGACAGAAAAAAAACUUCCAGAAAGGAGCAUAUUAUACUGUACAGAUAUCAACGGGACUCCGUAUAAUGUCCCUGAAUACCAAUCUAUACUACAGAUCAGAUAAGAUAUCCCGGAUGUACAGGUAUUCAGACCCAGCAGACCAGUUCCAAUGGAUGGCUGAAACUCUAGAACAUGCUAAAAAUAACAGUGAACGGGUGAUCAUCAUGUCACAUGUACCCCCAGGAGUUAUAGCGACAGAAAAGGCAACAUGGAUGUACCCACAGUUUAACCAUCGCUUCAAUGAAAUCAUACUAGAGUACUCGGACACUAUUGCAGGUCUAUAUUUCGGACAUGAACAUAUGGAUAAUUUCAGAAUAUCUUAUAAAUCUGGUUUGCCAGUUAUAGUACAUUUAUGUGCUCCUUCGGUUACUCCAUGGACGUAUAUCCCGGGAGGACAAGGCAUCGGAGAACCAACAAGAAAUCCUGGCAUUCGGCUGGUCAGAUAUGAUAGAAUGACCGGUCAACCACAAGAAGUUAGACAGUACCAUCUAGACUUCAAAUUGAGUAACGUAAAUAAAGUGGCAAACUGGACACUAGAAUACAGCAUGCCUAAAGAUUAUCAAAUGAAGGACUUAACACCAACUUCUUUCCAUGGUCUACUGGAGAGAAUGAAAUCAAAUGGUAGCGCAGAAUUCACAGACUAUGCCAUGCGACGUUAUGUUGGAGGUGCCUCUAACGAUAGGAGAGUUACGCAUUGUUCUUCUCUAGCUUGUAAAAAGCCUUUCAUCUGUAGUAUUGGUAACGUAGACCUGGCCGAAUUUGAGUUUUGUGAUAGUGAUGGAACCAGUAGAAACCCUGCCUUUGGUUAAAAUUUGUAAUAAAUUGUUUAAUGUGU